GUGUUUUGAUGUAGUUCUGCAACCUCGUGCAGUCCCCCAAUCGUCCAACUCCAUCAUUCACACAACAUAUCCCAUGCUUUAUUCUAAGCAAGUGUACUUUUUCAUGGAAUUUCACCGACUUUCACCGCUCGCCCCCAUUCAUAUUUGCAUCAUUGUUGUUCUUAGCUAAACCUGUGGAGUUGUAAUUCGUCGAACGAAUGCAAUUUCUGCAGUGUGGGUGACGACAAGGCCUCUCCUUUCACCCUCGCGGUGAAUUAUUACGAUCACACAUACUUUUCUUUUCAUAAAGACAUUAUCAGCGUCACUAUAAUGUCGCUCUCGUUGGCAGACCGGUUUGCUCUGCUAGAGCUUGACGACGAAGACGUCGAAGAGAAGCCGCAGCCUCUUCGUUUCUAUAGGGAGGACGGUAAGCUCUUUUGGAGAUUAUUCGACUUUGCCACGGCACAUCUAAUCGAUGAACAUUGGAACAACAACGUCGUCUAUUUCGACGAAAGGCAGGCCGAGGUGUUUAGUAAGGAUGGACGCCUUGACCGACCUACAUAUACGUCGGUCGAUGGCCAGUCCUACAAGGAAAUAAACUACAGCCGUUGGAAGCUGUUUGAAGGGACCGAUGACCAUGUCGAGUAUCUUAAGCUUCUCCACAACACAUCCAUCAUCAAAAACAGCCUGAAUAAUCUCGAUUUCGACCUACCCGAUAGGAGGCCCGUCGAUCUCCCACCGUUAGACAAUCGCCUUGGCGAACCCCUAGACAAGUUAUACCCCAAGGGGUAUCAAUUGUUGGUCAAAGAAUCUCGUCGCGGUGGUCCAGAAUGGAAGGAGGGACAACCACUAGGUCCUGAUCCCACUAGAGAGGACCUCAUAAAGAAGCCCAUUGGAUGGGCGCCGCCUCAGCAACGACAAUGGCGCAGAGGCCUCGGCGGGGAUUACACAGACCUCGUACGGAAGAAAUGGUUCUACGGCGAUGUAGACGUGCCUCUCCCAGAGGAUUUCCUCGAACCAGAGGAACCCUGGUCGAGAAAUCCGGCUAGAGUAGUCGUGAUGAAGAGGGCCCGGACAGAGGCCAGUCACUCUCGUGGCUUCGUCGUCCGGUCCCACAGGGGACUAAUGCGGAGCCUGUGGUGGGAACAGUAUGGUGAAGAGUACCUGAAAUUCUGUAGGAUGGAAAACAAGGAGGACCAAUGGGAUCGUUAGGUACUUUUGCUGGCGAUCUAAUAGUUUUGCUUCAAUCCUUCAAUCAUAAAUUGCUCUCAAUUAUUGAAA